UGUGCAGCGCCAGAGCCGCGGCGAAGUGCAAAGGCCGGAGCACGCAGGGAGAGGCGCUCGCCCAGCAGGCGGCGCUCGGCUGCGCACGCGCACUACGGAAAGCCGGAGGGGGCGGGGCCCGGCGUGAGGGGGUGUGUCCGCGCACCACGGGGGCGCGCGCCGGCUUCUGACUGGAGGCCGCGGCAGCUGAGGCGCGAGCUGCCCGAUAAUGGCGGCCUGCAGAGCUCAUGAGAGGGAGAAGCGGCGGCGGCUGCCCUGAGAAUCCUCGACCUUGAAGAUGGUGAGUAGCCAGCCAAAGUACGAUCUAAUACGGGAGGUAGGCCGAGGUAGUUACGGUGUUGUGUAUGAAGCAGUCAUCAGAAAGACCUCUGCGAGAGUAGCCGUGAAGAAAAUUCGAUGCCACGCACCCGAAAAUGUUGAACUAGCCCUUCGAGAGUUCUGGGCACUAAGCAGUAUCAAGAGCCAACACCCAAAUGUGAUUCACUUGGAAGAGUGCAUCCUACAGAAAGAUGGGAUGGUGCAAAAGAUGUCCCACGGCUCUAAUUCUUCCCUUUAUUUACAGCUUGUCGAGACAUCAUUAAAAGGAGAGAUCGCCUUUGACCCCAGGAGCGCCUACUAUUUGUGGUUUGUGAUGGAUUUUUGUGACGGAGGAGAUAUGAAUGAGUAUCUGUUGUCCAGGAAACCCAAUCGAAAGACUAACACCAGCUUCAUGCUUCAGCUCAGCAGUGCUCUGGCCUUCUUGCACAAAAACCAGAUAAUCCACCGAGACCUGAAGCCUGAUAACAUCCUGAUUUCUCAGAGCAGAUUGGAUACCAGUGACUUGGAACCCACACUGAAAGUGGCCGAUUUUGGCCUAAGUAAAGUUUGCUCAGCAUCUGGGCAGAACCCAGAAGAACCUGUCAGUGUAAACAAGUGUUUCCUUUCCACGGCAUGUGGAACGGAUUUCUACAUGGCUCCAGAAGUAUGGGAAGGACACUACACGGCAAAAGCGGACAUUUUUGCUCUGGGAAUUAUCAUCUGGGCCAUGCUGGAGAGGAUCACCUUCAUAGACACAGAGACAAAGAAGGAGCUCUUGGGGAGUUAUGUAAAGCAGGGGACCGAAAUCGUGCCUGUCGGGGAGGCACUUCUGGAAAACCCCAAAAUGGAACUUCUCAUCCCUGUGAAGAAAAAGUCUAUGAAUGGGCGAAUGAAACAACUGAUAAAGGAAAUGCUGGCCGCAAACCCUCAGGAUCGCCCGGAUGCUUUUGAACUAGAACUCAGAUUAGUCCAAAUUGCAUUUAAAGACAGCAGCUGGGAAACGUGACCUGCUGUUUGCAGGCAUCUAAGGUGGUGCUGCUUCAGAGUCAAGGGAAACACAUUACAUGGCCGAAAAGGAGACGGAAGUGAGGCUCCACUCUCUAAGGGUUUAGGUUUUAUUGUGGGGUAGUUUUUUUCUCUCGUUUUUCUUAAUCCAUGCAGGCCAUUUUAUUGUAUGUUUUGAAUGUGUAUUACCAAUGUGGCUGUAAAAAGAUUUUUUUUUAAUGAUCAUUGGUAAAAGGUUGGCAGAAAAAAUUCCCUUAAAAGCCAAGCAGAGAAGAAAGUCCCAUUUUUCUAGAACUAUCUUUAAGUAUUUUAGACAUUCCUUGUCAGUAUUAGGCAUUUCUGUGGAAGAGGAGGUUUGCAUGCUGGUAAUGCAGCCUUCGCGGUUUGUAAAGGAAACAUAUAUGUAUAUAUUUAUGUAUAUGUCAGUGUGUGAGCGUGUGCAUUUUGCAUCCCACAUGAAGGAAAUGCCGCUUCUGUUUAAAUUAUUUGAUACAGGUUUGCGUUUUUGAGAUUUGCGGAUGAAAUUGGUGAUAAAAACCACACAAACCACCACUCAUCUUCCCUAUCCCUCCUGCUACUGGAAACAUGCUAAGGGUAUUUUGUUGUUGUUGUUGUUGUUGUUGUUGCUGUUGUUGUUUUCACAGUGUGCAUCUCUUAAAGGCAUCAUCUUGAUCAUCUUGGAGGGUCUAAAUGGCUGGUUAAACAGAACUGAAGCUAAGCAGCUCUAAGCCGCUGGAGGACGUUUGAGCUCUCCAGGGCCCUGUAGCUCUUUGAGUUGAAUUAGUCAUUGAGUCUCACGGUAGAAGGUCGGCAAGGUUGCCUAAGGCUCACUCACACUUUUAGGUAACAGCGUUUGUUAAGUAGUUAAACCACUGCACUGGGACGAGCAGGAGUUUGAGCUGUGACUCAACCUGAGGAUGGUUUUCUUCUGGUCUGGAAACGUGGCGUUACGCAGCUGUGAUACCUUUUCUAAAUCUCAGCGUGAAAUUGACGAAACCAAGCGAGCUCACCCUCCAGUUGCUGGCCCUGGUGUGGCUUCCUGUUGGAUCACUGGAGUCUCUGUCACUUUGACACUGACACUGUUUUGUCUCGUGUGAUACUGGUAAUCACUGUCAUAAAUACUGGUCGCUUUCUUCCAAAGCGAGAUAAUGCAUACAGAGUUUGGCAAAUGGAUAAAAUUCUAUGCCAUCAACUGCUUUUUGAGUAGAAAAGUUGUCCGUUUCAUAUGGUCACCUGGCAUCUGUAAGUAAGCAAGAGACUCAACUCCUGAGGGGAAAUUCUAACUGCAUGGUUGCCUCCAGAUUGUUCUUGCUAAUUCAGGAACAUUAAGGAAAGGAUUCUUUCUUAAAUCAGAACACCAGUCUUUAAGAUGAAUUGGAUUCUACCAUUGUAUCUAGGGGAGGCUUUAUAAGGCACUAGCUGCCCAUCUCCAGUGCUGGGGUAGAACCUUGGGCCUUAGGCAUGUGAGGGGAGGAUCCACCACUGAUCCUACAGGGAUCUUUUUAAGCACCAAGAUGCAAAAGACAAAAUAAUAGAAGUAUAUUGCCGUUAUUGGCAGUUCUCACCGCCUCCUCAGUGCUGAACCUCCACACCCUCACAGUAGAGCUGGCUGUAGUUCAGUGGAGAGCGCUUGCCUGGCAUGUACAAGGUUCUGGAUUCAAUCCCUGCCAUCACAAAAUCAAUAAAUCAACAAAUGUGUUCAGAAGGUGAUUAAAGAUAAAACAAAAACAAUGGAAUAUGUAAAAAAAAAAAAAAACCUGCUAGACUGAAUUAAUCUGGAAGUUUAAAAACGUGAACUGAAAGGCUUUAGUAAAAAAUCUUAUCAUAUGGAAAAAAGUCACAUACACUUAAUAUCACUUGCAGACUUAACUAAAAUAAUUAUUUCGGAAAUAAGAGGUAGAAGUGUACUGGAUCCUCAUGGUAAUUGACCCUCUGGGUCACCAAGUUGACACAGAUCUGACCAGUGGAUUGAGUUGAGAAAAAGUCUCAUUACAAUGGCUUAACAUUGACUUGGCCCUCAUCAGAGUGACACGUGAUGCGUGCCAACAGUCCUCUGCUCUACAAAUACCUGUGCACUUGAAGCCUCGGUGACCUGAGCACAUAGCUCUUGAUCCUGCCCCCUUGAAAAUAACAAGUAACUUGGUUUGUCUUCUGUUUUCCUUGGUACUGGCAUCGUACCCAGGGCCUUGCAUGUGCCACCCAAAGGGGUUAGCACUGAGCUAAAUGUCUAGCCACAGUUAUAAUUUAUUUUGAAAGAUCUGUGAAAUAGAAUUCUUUCCUUCAUUAAAGGAAAGGGUGUGAGAUGAUGAGAAAAUUUCUUCCAGAACAUUCUUAAGUCCUUGUAUUCUGAAAUAGCUUAUAUCAGCAGAAGGACAGUAAUUUGUCUUUGUUCUUUCAGUCAGGGGUAUUUAUUAAGUACCUACUGUGUGCUCAGCACUUAAAUUUAGUUGAUACGACAACUGUUUAGAUUUGCAGUUCUAGGGGCUGGAGAGAGGACUCAGUCAUUAAGAGGACCUG